AUGUCAUCAGUUUUUUCAUAUUCAUUGAUUAUUUUCGGUGCUCUUAUUUUAGGUAGGUUAAUAAUUUUCAUACAUAAAAAUCCAAGUCAUUUUGAUUUAUUUGUAGGAGUACUUUCUUCUAAUCAAGGUUCAGUUCGAAUCUGUAAUCAAGGAGCAUAUGUAGCUAAAUGUGGUCUUAAUUCACGAACUGCCGAUGGUCGUACUCGUUCUUAUGAAACUGGAAAAUUUCUAGCUGGUCAAUGCUCGACGCUUGAACUUCCGUUUGAAGCCAUAUGGGGUGAAGUUUGGUGUGACAAUUAUGUCUUCAUUGCUGCUACUAAACGUAUUUUUAGAGAAGAAUUUAAUGCUCCCUCUGUUCGUUGCUAUCAAAUUACUGGAACAACAAUUCAUCCAGGAAUGAGUGGACCACAUUGUUAA